AUGCACGCGUUCUUCGAUCCUGCUUUCACUGUGCUGCACGACCGCGUCCUCGACUUCGUCGUCGGCAGCUGGGACUGGUACCGCCUCCUCGCUGUGAUGGGCGUCAACCAGCACUUCCGCCGCCUCGCCCGCGACAAGCUCGUCAAGCACUUCAGCCAGAGGCCCAAGCUGUACCUCCGGCCAGGGGUUGGCGACCCAGACGAGGUGGACGUCGAGGCGCGUAUCCCCAUCGGCGCAGGCUUGGUCAGGCUCCAGCAGUGCGAGUACCCGCACAGCGACUUUGGGCCGAGCUGCGCCGUCAACGACCCGCGCGAGCUCUUCGCCAUCGACAUGGACGAGAUGGCUCGCGUCAUGUCGGCAGACAUGCUGGGAAAGGAGUACGAGGAGGAGGAAGAAGAGACGUGGAAGCCUGAGCGCAUGGACUUCUACAUGACCUCCUUCGACCUGAAGACCAGCAUGUGCACGUUCAAGCCUGGCGGUGGCAGCCCCGGCCUACUCUACCACCUCUCCUGUGAUCCCGAGUCAGGCGAAGAAUGGGGAUGCUGCGAUGCCUGGCCCGCCGUCUUCCAAUUCGCCUCGACCGCCUGUUUCGCCCCUGCUCACGACGGCAAGAACAGCCACGCCGGUCUCAAGCUCGCUGCGAGGCCUGAUAUGCACCCGGCGAGGCAGCCCGCGAUGUGGCCCCAGGCGGCGCAGGAGAAGGGCGGGCGUAAGGAGCAGCACAAGUACCGCUGUGAGAACGGUUGGAUUGCCGACCUCACGACGCAGCGCCUCGACAAACCCGACAAGCCGAACCCCGACGACAAGCGCGCCUUCUUCGCCAAGGACUACAAUCCCGAAGCGUCUCCUUGUCUCCUCAUGGUCGACUCGCUCCGCGUCCCUCUCGUCGACCUCGUCCUUCCGCCGCUUACUGCGAAGGACGACAUUGAGCCCAACUACUACCCGGAUUUCUCGGUCGAGGAGUACGUCAAGGAGUACUACGAUGAGCGCAAGGACUGGGCGAUGGAGAGCGUACUCGCUGAGAUGCACGAUGCGGCGGGCUGCGUGUACUAG